AUGGCCGACGCCCAGCUCUACGAAGAAUCCUUCUCCGCAACCCAGAUCCUCGACCAGACAUACGACCGCGUCCACCGAAUCCUGGGAACCUCGUCGGACAGCAGCACGUCAAUCACCCUCGACAUCAACAGCGAACUCUAUCCCAUCUCCGCGGGCGAGACAUUCUCGUGUCUCAUCGCCUCCACCCUCAACCUCGACGGCACGAAAGAUGAGGGCCAGAGUUGGCGCAAGAACCAAGGGCUCGAGGGAGGAGGCAGCCUCGCGGACAUGUGGGACUAUGUGUGUUAUGGCAAGGUCUACAAGGUGGAGGAUCCGGAUGAUGGUGAUCGGAUGUGAGUAUACAGAUCAGACCUCAAGGAGCGCGGCAGUGUAACAAUGUCUGACGAAAGUGUCAUGUUGCAGCAAGGUGUACAUCUCCUUUGGCGGCCUGCUCAUGGCGCUCGAUGGGCCGUACAAGAAGCUCAGCCCGCUGAAGAUCGAAUACGUCUACUUGCUGCUCAAGAAGUAG